AUGACUGUGAAUUACAGGAUGAAGCAAGACACAAUUUUUUUAAGCAAAGUGGAUUAUCUUGUUGCAGACAUAAAGAAUAUAUCAUUCCAUGUUUUUGGGGAUCAUAAGAAAUGUGCAGAAAGGGGUUACUUUAAAUGCAGCAGAAAAGACUCAGAAGAAAAUUAUAUUCCCCUUAUGCAGACAUGUGAUCUCCUUCAAGAUAUCGAUGUAUGCUUUAAUAGACUCGUUUUUAAUGCAGCAAGCCUUAUCCAUAAUAUGGAUAAUAAUCUUGCAGAGAGCUAUAAUUCGGUAAUAUGCAAGUUUGUUGGAGGAAAAAGAAAUAAUUUUAGCAAAAAAGGCUCUUAUCAGACCAGAUGCGCAGCUGCCGCAAUUUCUUUUAAUGUUGGUAGUGGAGACUUUCAUCUUACCAUAGGCAAGGCGAUUGGUAACGCUACUCCUGAAGCUUAUACAAAAAAAUAUGCUGACAAAUUGAAAAUAAAAAGAUCAAAAAAAAAAAAGCUAUUUAGUAAAAAACAAACAAAUGCGCAUCUUCCUGAUAAAGAUUAUGGACCAGAUGCUAAUGCCGAAUCGGAUCUAACUGAAGAACGGUACCAAUUUAAAAAGAAAAUAUUUCUAAAGGAGCUCGGAAAGUCAGGAGAAGAAAUUGCAAAGCUGGGAAAAGAAACGGAAGGUCAAUCGGGCAGCCCACUGUGGAAGCAGGAAAGGAGCCUUCGGCUCACCGCCUCCAAUUUUGGAACUGUUUACAAAAUGAGGAAAACAACAAGUUGCGAAAAUACUGUGAAGAAUCUUCUAUAUUCUAAAUUUAUUGGAAGUUCUGCAACAAGAUAUGGAACAGAAAAAGAACCGUUAGCCAUAAAAGCAUACGAAACCUACACAUAA